AAGAGCGCGCGAGCACGGACGCCUCACCCACCUGCCUCAUUUUCUUUCCCCAAUCUUCUUCUACUCUGUCCCCAGAUCUGCCCCUUCUUCGUCCGUCUCAUGAUCUCGGCGCCUCUUCGAGUCUCGGCGCCCAAGGGUGCAAUCGGGACGUUCCGGUUCCGCCGCGUGUCCUCCUCCCCCUCCGAGUCUAAUAAGAUCCGGUGCGCCGCGGCACCACCGGCGGCGGCGGCGGCGGCGGUGGGGAGGCGCGCCUCCACGCUGUACGAGGAGCUGGGGCUGCGCGUCGGCGCGACGGGGCGGGAGAUCAAGGCCGCGUACCGGCGGCUGGCUCGGGAGCGGCACCCCGACGUGGCGGGCGAGCCCGCCGCCGCGGACUUCGUCAGGCUCCACGACGCGUACGCCACGCUCUCCGACCCCGACAGCCGCGCGAGCUACGAUCGCGCCGCCGUGAUGGCGAUGCCAGUCGCGCGCCACUACCCGCGGUGGGGCGCCGGCGGCUCCGGCCGGCCCCGCCGCACGUGGGAGACGGACCAGUGCUGGUAGUAGGAGCCAUGAGAGCCAUGCGGGCCUUGCUUGCGACUGCAUUUAUAUAUCCUUCUUGCCGCCUUGCGGUCAUGGCGGCUCACCUUGGAUUUUUAGCAUUGGUGACCAUCCAUGUGAUGUAAUUUUCGUUCUUCUUCCUGUAAUUAUGUGUAAUCUUGAGAAGAGAUUACGAAGAAACUGACCUGUGCAAUGUAUAUAGUAUGUGCUAGCAUGUCGAUCCGAUGCGAGGUUUCAAGGAAAUCGCCCUGCCUCUGCUGAUCCAUCUAAGCUGUUCUUCUCUUGUCCAUUCCAA